AAAAAAAAAAAUCUUCUAUCUAUGCGGAGAAGCAGUCUCUCGGGCCUCAAACGUUGAAAUUCGCUGUCUCUUAAGACUCUCAAACCGGAUGCUUUGUUGUAGAUAUGCUUUGCCACUUAUUACUAAAACAACCGGGAGCCCAAGGAAUACGGUGGUAUGCGCUGCAAAAGGUCCAAGACCAAGAUAUCCUCGGGUAUGGAAAUCAAGGAGGAGAAUUGGGACUGUUUCAAAAUCAGCAAAGCUUGUUAGUUGUGUAAAGGAAUUGUCAAAUGUCAAGGAGGAAGUUUACGGGGCACUUGACUCCUUUAUUGCAUGGGAACUAGAGUUCCCUCUAAUUACGGUGAAGAAAGCAUUGAAGAUCCUUCAGAAUGAACAAGAAUGGAAGAGAAUAAUUCAGGUGGUAAAGUGGAUGUUAAGCAAAGGUCAAGGAAGAACGAUGGGAACCUAUUUCACCUUACUGAAUGCUUUAGCAGAGGAUGGGAGACUUGAUGAGGCUGAAGAGCUGUGGGCAAAACUCUUUUCUGAUAAUUUAGAAAGUACUCCGCGUAUUUUCUUUGAUAAAAUGAUUUCUAUUUACUAUCACAAGGGCAUGCAUGAUAAGAUGUUUGAGGUAUUUGCUGACAUGGAAGAGCUUGGUGUCAAACCCAGUGUUUCUGUUGUUUCAAUGGUUGGAAAUGUCUUCCAACAGUUGGGAAUGUUGGACAAGUACGACAAAUUAAAUAAGAAAUAUCCACCACCAAAAUGGGAAUAUCGAUACAUCAAAGGAAAGCGUGUUAAAAUCAAAGUAAAGCAGCUAGAGGAAUUUGAUAAAAUUGCCAAAGGUGUCACUGAAGAUAAGGAAACUGACGAGAAUUAUGACAUCUAGCACCGCGGGUGGCCUUGACAGUGAGAUGCAAUAUGUUCAAUCUUGGGAGCAAGGGAAAGAAGGCUGUACGAGAAGAACAAACAAUCCUUCUUCAUGUCAUGUUAUAUUGUAUCGGAACUCUCAUUACUGUGCUAGUUUAGCACUGGGUUUAAUGAAAACAUAAGCAAGCUGUGGGGUGGUAAGAAUUGUUUCUUCCUUUUCUCAUGUGGACAGUUGAAAAAAUAUUUGACUAGUUGAUCGUUGAUAUGGAUACCACCUUUUGUAUAUCAAAUUAAAGUGUAAAGAAGAGUGCUGAAUGGCUCUGGUUUCCUUGGAACAGAUUUAUUUAAAGGGUGAGUUAGAGAUUACUGUAAUGAGUGCAGAGUUUAUUCAA